AUGCAGCUUUCCCCUCCACCCUCCGACCCAGAGUCCAAGGCGCAGCCCAGAACUGCCACUCACGAGACCCGCGACCUGGCCCGGUCGCCCACUCUCGACAGUCAGGAAACAGCCCCGCCCCCAGACGGCGGUCUCCGGGCAUGGCUCAUGUGCAUCUGCACGCACCUGGUGACGGCCAACGUUUGGGGCCUGACCCUCUCGUUCGGCAUCUUCCAGGCCUACUACGCAGACUCGCUAGGCGUGCCGCCGUCGCAGAUCUCGUGGAUCGGCGCCAUGCCCAUCGUGCUCGGCAACCUGCUCGCCGUCUUCUCGGGCCGCCUGAGCGACGCCGGCCACUUCCGCCUCAUCAUGGCCACCGGGUCGUCGCUGUGCACACUGGCCUUGGUGGCCGCGUCGUUUAGCACGCGGUACUGGCAGUUGAUGCUGACGCAGGGGCUGCUGUUUGGCAUUGGCGGCGGGUUGAUAGCGUGCCCUUCAUUCUCGGUUCUCGCCACGUACUUUUCGUCCAAGAGGGCGCUGGCGCUGGGCAUCGCGUCCUGCGGCAACAUCACCGGGGGUCUCAUGUACCCAGCCGUGGCGCGCCAGCUGCUCCCGGCGCUGGGGUUCGGGUGGACCAUGCGAAUCCUCGCGCUGAUGCAGCUGGUGCUGUUUCUGUUUGCCAACGUGGUUAUGCGCUCGAGGAUCCAAACCCAAAUAUCGGGCUCGUUUGUGGACCUGAGCAUUCUGAGGAAAAUGGACUUUACGCUGUUCAGCUUUGGCGUCAUGACUGCACAAGCCGGUCUCUACGUCGCGCUCUUCUACCUCCCCCAGUUCGGGCGCACGCAACUGCGCCCGCCGCUGUCGUACCCGGACUCGCUCAACCUGCUGCUCGUCUUCUCGGGCGCCAACCUGCUCGGGCGGCUGCUGCCCACGCGCUUCGCCGACCGCGCAGGCCCCGUCAACCUCAUGGUGCCGGCGCAGGUGGCCGGCGGGGUCGUGGCGCUGUGCUGGACGCGCGUGUCCGGCCCGGCCGGCCUGCACGCCUGGACGGCGCUCUUCGGGCUCGCCGUCGGCGGCGUCACCUGCCUGCACGCCAGCGCCUGCAUGUCGCUCGCCCGCGACCUGCGCACCGCCGGCUCCGCCAUGGGGCUGAGCAUGGCCAUCAACUCGCUCAACACCGUCGUGGGCCCGCCCGUCGCCGGCGCCGUCAUAUCCGCCAUGGGUGGGCGGUACGAGGGCGCCCAGGUUUACUCGGGCUGUCUGAUGCUGCUGGGGGCGGCGCUGGUGGUUGGCGCCAAGGCCGUCAGGAGGCACCGGAGCGGGGAGAAGUGGGACGAGAAGGUGUAAGCAUGAGCAUGUGUGAUGAUGACGAUGAUGAUGACUUGAUGUUGUUGGCCCCCUCCAAGAUUGUUUGAACAAGGUCCGUAAUGUAAUUUGCCUAUAUACGUAAUGUAAUUUCUACCG